AUGUCGAAAGUGAUACAGAUUCGAAACCGAGCCGACCACGAUCAAAUUGUGGCCGCUUCAAAGACAACACCAACCGUCAUUCACGUCUCAAAUUCAGCUUUGCCUGUCUGCAAAGCCUUUACCCCGAGAUACGCCCAGCUAGCUCAACAACAUGAGCAGGACGGCAUAAAAUUUGCAGAAAUGGAUUUCACCAGCGAGACGAGCUACAUGUUCAAGUUCAGUCCGAAUCAGCUUCCUGUGACAGUUUGCAUUGUGCGGGAGGGAUUGAACACUUCUUGGGCGAAGACGGUGAUGGGUGACAACAUGAGUGAGCUGGAGAUGGCAAUUGACUUGUUGAAGGAAGAGUCGGCGAAGGGUACAGAUAGGGCGUCUCAGCCUUUGACUGCGUGA